CAGUCUCAAACAUUUUUAAUGCUGGAAUAUGAAAAGAUGAACAUCAACGAAUCUGAGAGUCAGAAAAAUAUUCAGUUUUGUUAUGAAUCCAUAAAUAGUUCCUGUCAAAAGAAUGUUUAUCCAGCGACUGUGUCGGUUCCAGUAUAUGUUGUGUUGGGGGCCACCGUCCUCCUCACUGUGCUGGGAAAUCUCCUCGUCAUCGUUACUAUAUCCCUCUUCAGACAGCUGCACACUGCCACUAAUUACCUCAUCCUCUCCCUGGCCACGGCCGACCUCCUCCUGGGGGUGGUGGUCAUGCCCCCCAGCAUGGUGCGCUCAGUGGAGACCUGCUGGUAUUUCGGGAAUGCGUUCUGUAGAAUCCACUCCAGCACGGACUUCACCCUGAGUCAUGCUUCCAUUUUACACCUCACCUUAAUCUCUAUUGAGCGCUACUAUGCGGUCUGCCAGCCCUUUCAGUACAGCAGCAGGAUCAGCACCUCCACCAUAGUGCCUUUGAUUAUAAUCAGCUGGACCGUUUCUUCCUUUUUUGGGUUUGGGAUGAUUUUUCAGGACGGAAACAUCUGGGGCAUUGAGAACUUCUCUGGAAAUAAUUACUGUGAGGGAGGAUGCUUUGCGCUGCAAGGGAAAAUGGCAAAUUCUAUUUCUCCUGCUCUUGCCUUUUAUGUCCUUGCCCUCGUGAUUCUUGCUCUGUAUCUGAAGAUCUUCCAUGUGGCACGGAAGCAAGCCAGCUCCAUUCAGAGCAGAGGUUGUGUGAAUGCCUAUGCUGGUAACGAGAGCACUUUAAUAAGAAAGCUGGAGCGAAAGGCCACAAAGACCCUGGGAAUUGUAGUUGGAGUUUUCCUGUCCUGCUGGAUGCCAUAUUUUCUGUGCAACACAGUAAAUGUACUCUUUGGUUAUGAAACUCCAGUGUUGCUUGAGGUUUUUGGCUGGAUCGGUUACUCAAAUUCUGGAUGGAAUCCAGUUAUUUAUGGUUUCUUUUACAAAUGGUUCAGGAAGCCAUUGGUAUCUGCCUUUUGGAAACUUGCAAAUAAUACAAAACGGCAAUUAAUGGUCAGAUAAUAAAAUGUAUCAUUACAUGUAAUAACAGGAAACUUCUAUGUCUUAAAAUCCUAUAGCACUGGUAGUGACAUUUUUGUGACUGUUUUCAAAGUCCCAUGUUACAGUAUGUCACUUUAACGAAUAUUUCUGUAUCCUGAACAAAUAACCUCCUUCUGCUCUGCACAGUUAAUAGAAGAGCAAAGCAGGGAACAAAUAUAAUUAUUUUUACAGAAUGGAAAGUGAGUAGUCAUUGUUUUAUAUAUAGCAAAUGUUCCAAUAUA